UGUACGGCUAAAACAAAAAAAUAAGCUAAAAAUUAAAAAAUGUGUAAAGUUUUAACCAAACGGCAAAAAAAUAAAUUGUAGAAAUAAAAAUAAAUAUUGAACAAAAAGAAAAUUGAAUAAAAAAUCUAUUAUUUUCGUUUGAAAAACAUAACAAUAUACAUAAGUAAUAUAGCAGCAACAUGAAAAUAAAUAAAUUUAACAAUUUGCAAAUAUUUUUUAUAUCUCUAUGGUUUAUAUUUGCAAAUCUGAUUAAACACAUUCAGGCAGAACGAACAAAUAUUGCGCUUUUGUACGAAAACGAUAAUGCCGACAUGGAGAAAAUCUUUCAACUUGCCAUUGCUAAGGCAAAUGAAGAGAAUGGCGACUUACGUUUGAAUGGUAUAACCAUUGACAUUGAACCGAAUAAUGCAUUUGAGACCUCCAAGAAGUUGUGCAGAAUAUUAAGGCAAAAUCUAGUUGCUGUGUUUGGUCCCACAACCAGCAUGGCUGCUAAACAUGCCAUGAGUCUGUGUGAUGCCAAAGAGUUGCCCUUCAUUGAUACGCGAUGGGAUUUUGGUGCACAAUUGCCAACCAUUAAUCUGCAUCCUCAUCCUUCACAGUUAGCGGUGGUCUUAAAAGAUUUAGUUACAACUUUGGGUUGGGAUGGUUGUUUUACCAUUAUUUAUGAAUCAGGAGAAUAUCUUUCCACGGUUACUGAACUGUUGCAAAUGUAUGGCACUUCUGGCCCCGCCAUUGUGGUGCGUCGUUACGAGCUUGAUUUGAAUGGCAACUACCGUAAUGUGUUGCGUCGCAUUAAAAAUUCUGGUGAUACAUCGUUUGUGGUUGUUGGCUCAUUGGCCACUUUGCCAGAGCUCUUUAAGCAGGCCCAACAGGUGGGCUUAAUGACUGGAGCUUAUCGCUAUAUUAUUGGUAAUUUGGAUUUUCAAACUAUGGAUCUGGAACCUUAUCAACAUGGUGAUACAAAUAUAACUGGCAUACGUCUGGUCUCACCAGAAGCUGAAAAUGUUCAAGAAGUUGCCAAAGUUUUAUAUGAAUCGGAGGAACCGUUUCAAAAUGUCUCGUGUCCUUUGACCGUCAACAUGGCUCUGGUUUACGAUGGCGUACAACUUUUGGCAGAAACAUUUAAACAUGUCAUGUUUAAAGGAGUUCCUUUAAAUUGUAACGAUGUCAGCUCUUGGGAUAAAGGAUAUACUCUAGUCAAUUAUAUGAAGUCGUUAAAUAUGGCUGGUCUUACGGGCGAAAUAAAAUUUGAUUAUGAAGGCCUGAGAACGGAAUUUUUGCUGGAAAUUGUUGAGUUGACUGUUUCGGGAAUGCAAAGAAUUGGCACUUGGAAAAGCGACGAAGGCAUAACUAUAGAUCGUCCAGCAACGGUUGUAUCCAUGGAUCUCGAUCAGCGUUCGUUGGUCAACAAGAGCUUUGUGGUGAUAACAGCUAUAAGCGAACCCUACGGCAUGCUGAAAGAUGUACCCAACAAACUCGAAGGCAAUGAUCAAUUUGAAGGAUUUGGCAUAGAACUUAUUGAAGAGUUGGGCAAAAAAUUAGGUUUCUCUUACACCUUUCGUUUGCAAGAGGAUGGCAAAUAUGGCAAUUUAGAUUCAAAAACUAACUCAUGGAAUGGCAUGAUUCUGGAAAUUAUGGAGGGGCGUGCUGAUUUGGGUAUAACCGAUUUAACCAUGACAUCGGAUCGUGAAAGUGCUGUAGAUUUUACUAUACCAUUUAUGAAUCUUGGCAUUGCAAUCUUAUUUCGCAAACCCAUGAAAGAACCACCCAAACUCUUCUCCUUCAUGUCACCAUUUUCGGGUGAAGUAUGGCUGUGGUUGGGUCUAGCUUAUGUGGCCGUAUCUUUGAGUAUGUUUAUAUUGGGCCGUAUAUCACCACCCGAAUGGGAUAAUCCCUACCCCUGCAUAGAAGAGCCAACUGAACUUGAGAACCAAUUUACUUUUAUUAAUUGCUUUUGGUAUGCCAUUGGUACGCUUUUGCAACAAGGUUCGGAAUUAGCACCAAAAGGUUUUUCAACACGUGCUGCAGCCUCAUUUUGGUCGUUCUUUACAUUGAUUCUGGUGUCUUCGUACACAGCCAACUUGGCUGCAUUUUUAACGGUCGAAUCAUUAAGCACACCCAUAGAAAAUGUCGAGGAUUUGGCUGCUAACAAGGGUGGUGUUAACUAUGGCGCUAAAAAUGGCGGCAGUACAUUUACAUUUUUCAAGGAUGCUAAAUUUCCAACUUAUCAAAAAAUGUACGAGUUUAUGUCAAGCCAUCCGGAGUAUAUGACAUCUUCGAAUGCAGAAGGUGUUCAACGUGUUGAAAAUGAAAACUAUGCUUUUUUAAUGGAAUCCACAACCAUUGAAUAUAUAACCGAGCGACGUUGCAGUCUAACACAAGUUGGUUCGUUAUUGGAUGAAAAAGGCUACGGUAUUGCGAUGCGUAAAAAUUGGCCUUAUCGUGACACACUCAGUCAGGCUGUAUUGGAAUUGCAGGAACAAGGUGUUUUAACAAAAAUGAAAACAAAAUGGUGGCAAGAGAAACGAGGUGGUGGAGCUUGUGCGGCAACUAGUUCUGAAGGUGGAGCAUUGGCCUUAGAAAUUAGCAAUUUGGGUGGUGUAUUCUUGGUACUAAUUGGGGGUUGCAUAUUUGGUAUGUUCGUUUCAAUUUCGGAAAUGUUGCUGGGCGUCAAGGAACGUUGUGAUGAGAACAAGGAUAAAAAAUCUGAUGGUGCCGCCGAACUUGGUAUGGCCAAUGUAGGUGGCAUAUAUGUGGUAUUGCUUAUGGGAUGUAUUACUGCCACUUGUUUUGGCAUAUUGGAGUGGAUUUCACAUAUUUAUGCUACCGCACGACACUAUAAGGUUCCAUUUAAAGCUGAAUUAAUGGACGAGCUACGUUUCGUUAUGAAAUUUUCCGACACUACUAAGCCUGUUAAAUACCCCAAACGCUCGAGCUCCAAAUCUACAGCAUCUUCGAAAGCUGGUUCGACUUCUUCAUUGUCUGUAGAAUCUUUAACCAAUGAUGAUCAACACUUGCAGAAACGCAAAUCGAUGAAAUAGCUAAAUAAAUUGUAAUAUUUUCAAUUAAUUAUUCAAUUAAAUUAUAAGAAAAUUAAUAGUAAAUUUUUUUUAAACUU